AUGCCCGACAACCGCUUCGAGUCGUGGUUCGGCAGGCGCGAAUGUAGCUUUUGCGGUGGUAGAGUUCAAGAGUGCGGCCACGGGACGGAGAAGGGGCCGUUCUUUCAUACUCGGCACCUCCGUGAGACCAAGGUUGAGUCUCCGCCGCGGAAGAAGAUCAAGUCGGAGACGUCUCAGGGCAAGAUGAUCGGGUCAUCGUCCCUUGCGAAGAUGGUCGCGUCGGAUAUUGAGUCCUCCCGGGGGCUGAAGCGCUCCUUUGAUGGACAGGGUACGGCCGGGUCUGUGGGGAAGAGGGUGAAUGUCCAGUCAGACAUCUUUGGCGGUGGUAUUUGA